GUUAUUUUCCAUCUGUCAACCAUACUUUUAAACCUCCAAAUUUUCGGCCAAAAAUUCUACUGUUGUAUACAAUAUUAUCCGGACAUUCCAAACUUUCGCUACAAAAUUAUGCCAGCUGUUUCGACGAAAAUCUCAAUAACUCGAAAUUAAAUUUAUCUCAAUCAUACAGAUGCGACGGAAUUCCCGACGAGAAAAGCCACGAGUUACAUCAUGUCCUGUUUCGGCGGUCACGACGAGCAGAUCUACCUAAUCGAGAUAUUGAUCGAUAAAUUGACACUGACGCCCGAUAAAAUGAAAGACAUCGGCGAACACCCUAUCGUGAUCAAGAUGAAACUUUUAGACCUUCCCGUGUUCGAGUUCACGCAAGACAGUUCGGACGCACCGAAGCGUCGUGAUCAAGAUGUGCGUUUUAUGGUUGGUAAAUGCUGUCUAUUUGCCAAGCGACCGCGAGAUUUGGUCCAAGGAUUGCGUUCGUCGAAUCUUAAGCUCGGCGUGUUUCGCGCGGACGAGACUUAUCCCACGGCGGAGGCCGAAUUGACUCUGCCAGGCUGUUUGUGCGACCAGAUUUCCAUGCUCGGUAACGAUCCAGAAAAUCAGCCAAAGCCGUUUAUAGUGAAGGACGGCGUCAACCUCGUAGAUCCAGGCGAAGAGCCGUCUGGCACCCUGCAUAUGGAACUCAUCGUCGUAUGCCUCGGGCGUAUCUUCAAGACACUCUACGAGUUGCGGCCUAAAUCUUUCGUUUCCGGCGAGCAAGACAAGGAACGGGAGAUCCGCGUGACACGAUUUGUACCGCCCGAGUUUCUCGAGAAGGAUGUGAAAUUGCAGGAGAUUACUCCAAAACCGGAAGACAAAAAACCGAAAAAGGAGCCAAGAAAGAAAAAUAAAAAAAAGAAGGGUAAAAAAUGA